GAGAAGCCCCCCCCCCUCUUCUUUAGGAAAAAUCUAGUGCAACUCCGUAUACAGGGUUUAGUGUAGUGUAGAAACGAGUGAAUGAGUGUGUUUCAAGACUGACGCAGGCCUAUAAAUUACUUAUAAAAACUAGUUUAAUACUUUUCUAUCGAGUUAUAAUCAGGAUUCGUUCUUAUUUAUAAUGUUUGCAAGCAGUCUUUUACUUUUACUGCUGAAGGCGUGUACGUACGUUGGAUGCAAUCCCACGAUUGGAGAUGUAGUCGUGGACAGAUAUUCGAUACCAAUACUUUGUCCCAGAGAAGUAAAAAGUGGGGAUUAUGUUCGUUAUCACUACAAUGUGACAUUCCAAGAUGGAAAAACAUUUGAUUCGAGCUAUGAGAGGGGAGCUGCGUCGGUAGGACAGACAGGCCAGGGCCGGCUCAUCGCUGGCAUCGACAAAGGGAUCCUGGGCAUGUGCGUCAACGAGAAGAGAAAAGUCACCGUGCCCCCACACCUUGCCUAUGGCAGCCUUGGAGCAGGUGAUGUGGUCCCUCCCGACAGCACACUGGUGUUUGAUUUGAUGCUGUUGGACAUGUGGAACAAGGCUGACCUGGUUGUGACUGAAACCGUCAGCAGUCCCCGGGACUGCAAACGCUCUGUGAAGCGCACAGACUUUGUGCGAUACCAUUUCAAUGGUACCCUUCUGGAUGGGACACCCUUCGACUCCAGCUACAACAAGGGGCAGACCCACGACAGCCUGGUGGGGGAGGGCUGGCUGAUCAAAGGCAUGGACGAGGGCAUACUGGGCAUGUGCGUGGGGGAGACCAGAAACAUAAUUAUUCCACCCUUCCUGGCCUAUGGAGAGAAAGGAUCUGGUAAAGAGAUCCCGUCCCAGGCCACCCUGGUGUUUAAUGUCCUCCUGGCUGACCUACACAACCCCAAGGAUGACAUCACCGUGGAGAACCAGGUGGUGCCCGAGGCGUGCGCGCGCAAGUCUGUGGCCGGGGACUACAUGCGCUACCACUACAAUGGAACCUUCCUCAACGGGGUCACCUUUGACACCAGCUACCAGCGGAACAACACGUACAACACCUACAUUGGGAUGGGCUACGUGAUCUCUGGCAUGGACAAGGGCUUGCAGGGGGUUUGCAUCGGGGAGAGGAGGAGGGUCACCCUGCCCCCCCACAUGGCCUAUGGAGAGCAAGGAGCAGGUAAGGAUAUACCCGGCUCGGCCGUGCUGGUCUUCGACAUCCAUGUCAUUGACUUCCACAACCCCAAGGACUCUGUGGAGGUUCAUGUGACUCACAAGCCUGAGGUCUGUAACCUGACCAGCGAUGUGGACGAUCUAAUCCACUACCACUACAACUGUUCUCUGCUGGACGGCACACGGCUCUUCUCCUCGAGUGACUAUGACAACCUGCAGGACACGGUGCUUGGGGCGGACAAAGUGAUUGACGGUCUGGACGAGGGUCUGAGGGGCAUGUGUGUGGGUGAGAGGAGGACUGUCAUCAUCCCCCCCCACCUGGGCCACGGAGAGAAAGGGGCCACUGGUGUGCCAGGCAGUGCAGUGCUUCACUUUGAGCUGGAGCUGAUGGACCUGCAGAAGGGCGUGCCGGAGGGCUACCUGUUUGUGUGGGUGGAGGACGCCCCGCUGGAGCUCUUCCAGGCCAUGGACAUAAACCAGAAUGGAGAGGUGCCCAUAGAGGAGUUUGGAGAGUUCAUCAUGCUGCAGGUGGCAGAGGGCAAAGGUCGUAUGAAGCCGGGGGUGGACCCUGAAGAGAUCAUUGCUGACAUGUUCAGGAACCAGGACCGCAACAAGGAUGGGGUCAUCGUCGCCGAGGAGCUCAAAUUGAAGGUGGAGGAGGACAAAGAGAGGAUGCACGAGGAGUUGUGAUGAGGAGAGUGCACACGUUGGUCGUGUUCAAGGACAUACAUUUUGUGCAGCAAUUGGUCACCGACUGAGCAAACUGACUGAUCUACAAAUAAUAAUGAGUAAUUAUUUAGGAUACAAAGGGAUUUGUAGAUCAGUCAGUCUGCAUCUAACGCGCGCACACACACUAGUUCCAGUUCUCCGCCCCGAAGUGUGCACUCGUUCACUCCACCUCGUGGAUUUAUAAUAUAAAGCAUUGGAUUGGAGUGAACAAGUGUACAGUUUGGUGACAAGGGUAGAUCUACUCAAAUAUUUGAGAAUCGGACCACAGCCUCUCUCUCUCAGGGAUGGACCACACACACCGUAAAAUAUUCCAAGAGAGACCCUUUUUUAUACAGUGAUCCCUUAACAGGUGUCAUACAUUUUAGAUGGUGGGUAAAGAGUCUUACAAGAAUAAUAUCUGUGUUGCAUGAUUUGGUCAUGUUUGAUAAAGGGAUGUGAAGAAAAAAAAAUGAAUUACGCGUUGACAAAUCAACCUACCAAACCAGCACCAUAUGUUCCUGAUCUGAUGUUUACACCAAUAAAACCAUUUUUAGAAAAAUAAA